AUGGCCCAGCUGCCUUACGAGGAGGUCAUGGAUCCGCUGGAGCUGUGCAAACAGGUCUCUGCUGUGGGUGGGUGUCAAGAGCUGCUGCGGCAGGAUGACUACAGGGAUGGAAACUGGAGGAAGCUGCUGAAUCAGAGCACUGAUUUUACCGAAUGGUUGAGUCUGGCGGGCCCCAACUCUGGAAACCACUGGGAGAUGACAACGUCCACCCACGCCGCGUCCCGUCACCGCGUCAGGCGGGCGGCUUCGGAGGCGGGAGAAAGGCCGAGGGGAGCAGCGGGCAGCCCUGCGGCGGCCGGGAGGGAGGUGCGGGGAGGGCUGGGGCUGUGGGAUAGCGUUGGAGGCGUGAGGGGAGAAGGGGAAGGGCGCGCUGGCGGUGAGCCUGUCAGCUGGCGUGGGCGAGCACCCCCGGUUUGGUUGGGAGAUCACUCACGGUACUCUUUUCCUUACCUCGCAGUGGUUGCACAUGUGGUGGCAUCAGGUGCGGGUUUUGUGGAGGAUCUAGAUGAGUCGUUUAAAGAAAACCGUAAAGAUGAUAUUUGGCUUGUAGAUUUUUAUGCGCCUUGGUGUGGCCACUGCAAGAAACUGGAGCCUGUGUGGAAUGAAGUGGGUAUAGAAAUGAAAAACAUGGGCUCUCCUGUAAAAGUUGGGAAGAUGGAUGCAACUUCCUUUUCUAGUAUUGCAUCUGAAUUUGGAGUGCGAGGCUAUCCAACAAUUAAGCUCUUAAAAGGUGACUUGGCAUACAACUAUAGAGGACCUAGAACCAAAGAUGAUAUAAUUGAAUUUGCUAAUAGAGUGGCAGGACCUCUUAUCAGGCCACUUCCUAGCCACCAUAUGUUCGAGCAUGUGCAAAAAAGACAUCGUGUACUUUUUGUGUAUGUUGGUGGGGAAUCUCCUUUAAAGGAAAAAUACAUUGAAGUUGCUUCAGAACUAAUAGUUUAUACAUACUUUUUUUCUGCCUCAGAAGAUGUGCUGCCUGAGUAUGUGACAUUGCCUGAAUUGCCUGCUGUUGUGGUCUUCAAAGAUGGAACUUACUUCGUUUAUGAUGAGUAUGAAGAUGGUGAUUUGUCAUCCUGGAUAAAUAGAGAAAGAUUUCAAGGUUAUCUUAACGUAGAUGGCUUUACACUGUAUGAACUUGGAGAUACAGGAAAACUUGUGGCUAUUGCAGUCAUUGAUGAUAAAAACUCUUCAGUGGAACAUACCAGACUAAAAUCUAUUAUUCAGGAAGUUGCUAGAGAUUAUCGGGAUCACUUUCACAGGGAUUUCCAGUUUGGCCAUAUGGAUGGAAAUGAUUACAUUAACAGUUUACUAAUGGAUGACUUGACAAUCCCUACUAUUGUUGUAUUGAAUACCUCCAAUCAGCAGUAUUUUCUACCAGAUAGGCACAUUGAGAACACAGAAGACAUGGUUCAGUUUAUUAACGAUAUUUUGGAUGGUACAGCUGAAGCACAGGGUGGUGAUGGACUUCUGCAACGAAUCAAGAGAAUAAUCUAUGAUGCCAAGUCUACUGUAGUGUCUGUGUUCAAGAGUUCACCACUUCUGGGAUGCUUUCUCUUUGGGUUGCCCCUUGGGGUCAUCAGCAUUAUGUGUUACGGAAUCUGCACAGCUGAUACAGAUGGAGGGGUAGAUGAACAUGAGGCAGCUAAAAAGGAAAACAGUGAUCGAGAGCUCACGGACGAAGGCAGUGAGGAAGAACAAGAGGAGGAAAAGAACGGAAAAUAUACAGAACUUUCAGAUGGAGAGCUUAAACAGAAAGAUGUAAUGGAAAAGAAAAAAGACUAACUUGUUUAGCAAAAGAAUUCUCUAGAAUUUCCAAAUAGACUUAUUUAUUGAAGGUAGUCAUUUAUUGAUGAUCUUCAUGAAAGAGGACCUUUUUGUCUGCAUUAUGGUAGUUUUGACUUGCAUGUAUUCAAAUUUUCUCAGAAAUUGACAGAAAAAAAAAAGGAUGUUCUCUUAAUUCUCUUUACUAGAUUCGCAAAGAGCAAUUUAAACAGAAGAAAUUUGCAGGUACAAUUCUACACCUUUUUUUAAGAGUUUUGAAUUGUUCAUUUCCAGAACAGUGAGAUAAAGAUAAUGUUAUUUGACCUUAGUGUAUGUGAUGAACUACUACUAAUAUAGCCCAGCUAAACUUUACUCUUUCAUAUAAAAUUAAGGUUGAAAACUAAGAAAGAUUAAGAGAUCUGUAGUCUUUCAGAGCCUGAUAGCUAAAGACAACUUAGAGUUUUCCAAGAAGUCACGUGUUCUACCUGUUGCACAUUAUUUUGGAAAAAAAACACCAAACUUUUCUAUUUUCUCAAGUUAAAUGUAAAUUGUUAGGAAUUGGAGGAGUGUUUUACCAUGUAAUAAUAUAAUUAUUGGCAGUCAAGAAUGUUUACUUGCUAUAGGAUGUGGGAGUUAUAUGCUAAAUUAAGUCUUUAUUAGUGUUUUAGCAGCUAAAAAUAUUGGAAAACUACAUUAUAAACCUUUUAGAACAUGAUUGCCUGUUAAAUUGUUUUGUAUGAGUGCUUACACAAACUUAUAGUUCAAAUGAUCUUUAAGUUUUCUGAAUUCACAGUACAACUUGAUAAAGAAAGACAUAAAUAUAAACACCCUCUGACUACUUUGAAUACCUCUCUAAUGACAAGCUUUUUGAAUGGUGUGAAUGUGUUUUAGUGUUUAAUUCAGAUUGUUACGUAUCUUUGAGGUAGUUGGUGUUGAUACUUUUGUUUGAGACUGUUACCUACUCUGAAGGAGGGAAUUAAUAGAGCAUAAUAAUAACAUUCGUAGAGAUUGGUCAAUAUAAUGCAUUUUUGUUACCUGUUUAAUCACAAAAGUCACUUUUAAUACAACCCCGUGACUGUGAAAAGGACUAAUUUGUGUCCAGGGUUAAAAUUUCCAAGGAUAAGCUAUAAAGCAGCCUUUGGCGUUGAUGCCUUGGAAAGUACCACAGAAAAAAAACUUGCAUUCUUCUUCCUCUUAGUAUUCAUGCUGGCUUUUUUUUCUUUUUGUUGGUUUUUUGUUUGUUAGUUGUUUUUUUUCAGGCUAUAUUACUGUAUAACACAGGUUAUAAUGUCCUCCUUAUAAGGCAGCUUGAUCACAUAAGAAAUUACUAUGCUAUAGCACUAAAUUAAGGAAUUUUAAAUAAAAAACAUGGGUAAACUUAAAUAGACAAGUUCUGUGUUUGAGUAAACCUCAUGAUGAUAUAAAUCAUAACCAGGGAAAAUGUAUUGCAUCCUUUUUCCUUGUAGGAAAGAAACUUGUUUGUUCUGUUUAAGUAGCUUGGUAACAGCUGGCUUCGUGUUGCAGUGCAGAGUACAGUAAGUAGAUGCCUGACUUCAAAGAUUUUCGUUAUCAAACAGUAUAAACUAUCUAAGGAGAUUAGGAAUUUUUUUUCAGAAAAAUUCUAUGUCUGAUUUUGAGUCCAACCUUUUUCCUUUUGGGAGGAGAGGAAAAGAGUUCAUAGAAUACCAAGUAGCAGGUGUCUGAUGUUUUUUUUCUUCCCCUUUUGUUUUCCCCUUUUUUCAUUUUUUUGUCAUUAUAGCUAGUUGUACAUAGUGACUUGAGUUUUCUUGCUUUUUGAUUUUAUUUUAAUUUUUUGACAGAAUCUUUGAGGUGUAGUUUUACCAUAUAUUUGAGUGAGAUGCUUAAAAAUGUGUUUAGAAAGGGUUUUGUUUUUUUUUUAACAUGGUGUAGAGCUCUUGAGUUGUUUUAAAAAAAAAAAAAAAUCACUUAAUGACAAGCCUGUACAUUUCUUUGGACUUUUAACACAACUCAGUGCUGAUAGUAAAAGAUGUAGGACUAUUAAGGCAGUAAUAUGUUUUCUUGAUUUGUCUCUUAAGACUUCAAAUACAGAUCAGUUACAUAUUUGAUUUUGGUUCAGGCUGGAAACCUGCAGCUUUUUAUUUAAUAAAAAAAUGAAGUGGUCACUGGAACACUGCUAUUCCUUCUAUGGUGUGUAAUAAAAAACCCCAUAAUUCUGAAUUCUGCUGCACUGCUAAGAACUGUUUCAACUAUGAGCCUUCAUUUUUGUGGAUAUUUUUGUUUGUGUGUAUAAUCAGUAGUAGCCAAAUAUCUUGCUGAGAAAUCUUGAGAUAUGGACCUGAAUGUGAUAAAUACUGUGUAAGAAACAGAUCACACUGGGAUCUGUUUCUUAAAACUGUAACACUUAACUGCUAGAGUUAGGAGGAAAACGCAUGUCUCGGUCACUUCUGAACUGUAAUACCACUCAGAUGUGUACUAAACUGUUGAAAAUUAAACUUGAAAUGUACUGCCAUUUUCAACAAAUCCUCUCCCAGCUAUAUUCAACAAGACACGGGGAGCAGAAAAGCAUACAAGUCAUAUACUGGGUGUCAGAAGUGAUGUUGAAAUUAAGGGUUUUGCUGUGGUCAUGCAAGUAAUCUAGAAUGCUGUCUGAGGGGGGGAUCUGGCAUUUUUUUUUUUUUCUUCAGUCUCUAAAGGUUUCUUAAAGCAACUUCACUGUAAUAACUUUGAAUUCACGAAAUAAUGCUGCUUUUUUAAGUCAAGUGUAAGCCGUCUGUUUUUCUGUAAUAAAAACAUUUAAAAGA